CUCCAGGAGAAGCGCGCGCUCUCUCCUGUCCACGCGCCCCCAGCAGCAGCAUCCUCUGCUGCGGGACUCUGUUAAAGUCAAACCCGCUGCGCUGGGUGUUUCCUUCCUGUUGCUAUCAUUCGUGCUUUCCAUUCAUCAAUAAGGGAUUAUUGGCUCCGGUGGAGCAGAGAUGGAGCGGUCCCGUUAGAAGCUGAAGUCUCCACAGUCCACCGGCGGCGGCUCCUGAGUUGCUCCCACCCCGCUGAGAGAGCGCCUCUCCCCGCCUCAGGGAACAUGGGCUGCGGCUUGAGGAAACUGGAAGACCCGGAGGACAGCAGUCCCGGGAAAAUCUACUCCACCCUGAAGAGACCCCAGGUGGAGACCAAGACAGACACCGUGUAUGAUUAUGUUCUGCUGGACUUCAGUUUGGAAGGCAGCCGUCCUACCGUCCAGUAUGUGUCCUCCCUGUCUGAGCUGCCUCAGGCCCUGCAGUCCUUCUACACCCAGGGCUACGUCCUGGCCACCCUCCACCCCAUCAUCCUGUCCCUGGGCCGGAGCCGCUCGCUGCCCUUCAGCCUGCUCUACCGCGCCGUCCUGGCCCGUCCCAGAUCCAGCAACCAGAUUGCGUCCACGUGCCACAGCGCGCCAGUGCUGAGGGUGGAGGAGUGGCCUUUACCCGGGGACUCGCUAACUAGCGACACGGUGCGGGCGCUGAUUGACAGGGUGAACAGCAGCGCACGAGGAGGCGUUCAGUUCGUUGGCUCCGUCCUGCAGCAGGUGAGCGGCGUCACCAACGGGCGCGUGCACAGCCCCAAAAGAGGCUGCCGCUCCCCGCCUCGUACGCCGCCCCAAACACCACCUGGAGACAGAGAGCAGGAGGAGCACGCCUACAGUCCAGACUUGAGUCUGCUGGUCUUCUUCCAUUCCUGGCCCCCAGGCUGCAUUCCUCUGGACUCGUUGGGCUGUCAGUACCACCAGGGGGCGCUUUCUAUGCGGGUCUCCAGAAAGGGCCAAGUGGUCAGUGCGCUGGAGGCUGACUGGCUGGAGCUGACCGCUGCUUACUACCGCAAAGGCUGGACGCUGGUCGACUCCUUUGUGUACUGGGACACACCUAAAGGCGAGCCGGUUCCCAGAUCUCUGGAGGGACUGUUUGUGUACGAAGAGCGGAGCACCGCCCCUCCCCCUAACGACACCAUCGUGGUGGAGCAGUGGACCGUCAUCGAGGGCUCUGACGUGAAAACGGACUACGGGCCGCUGCUUCACACCCUGGCUGAGUUUGGUUGGCUGCUCACCUGCGUGCUGCCCACCCCCAUCAUUCGACACGACAGUGACGGGAACCUGGCCACAAAGCAGGUGGUGUUCCUGCAGAGACCGGUCAGAACCUCCACAUCCGGAUAUCUAAAGAACCAGACGGUCUCGGCGCACAGCGAAUUGUCGAGUCGCUCCGUGAGCCGCGUGGUCAGCAGCUCCGCCCCCACAGAGGAUCUCUCCCCCGCCGUGGGCGGAGGCAUCGGGGGCUUCCCGGUGUUCGGAGGCGGUUACUCCGGCUCCCUGUCCCACCUGGAGGAAGGGGGCUUUGAGCAGGAGGAGGGGAAGGCCGAGGUCACCUGCAUGUGAGCUGGAAGGAAGCUGACUCAGCACUUUUUGGGCUGAUUUUAUGAAAGCCAUAAUAUUAAGAAGGAACAAGGAGCUGAAUCACUUUAUGACUUAUUUUUGAUCGGACAGCGAAAGAAGGGAAAGCUGCUCCACUGUUCAGACUGGAAUUUCUGCAUCAUCAAAUUUCAUCUCCAUCUUUACUGCUCAGUAUUUCUUAUAGAGAUCCUUCAGUCUUGUGCCUGAGACACAAAUAACUGUUUAGAUGACUUUUACAUGGUACUGCUAAUAUGCUGCAGCGGAACAAUUUUUUAUUUUAAUCCAAGGUAUUCUGUAAUUAAAGUGACUGUUAUGGCUUAAGCAGGGAUUUUACAGAUGUCAGUGUCGUAACGCAUCUGUUGCUGUUGUGAUCCACUUGAAGAUUAGAGAGAAAUGGAGCUGCAGGAGGUUGGAAAAAAAUCAUUCUUGUUGCAGAAAUGCUGAAGUAUUCGUGCUCUGCUCACACUUCAUAUGAGAGGCCUAAGUUAGACUUUGUACAAGUAGACAUACCAUUGGAACUUUUUACAUUUUCUUCUAAAAGGACAGAAUUGAGAUGUUGUUGUAGAUCAACACAUUUGUCAAGUUGAUGAACAAUUCAUCAACUUAAAGCACAAUUCACAAUUGAUGAACAAUUCAGAUUUUUCUGUGUGAAUAAUUGAUUCCUUCCUUUAAAAGGAAUCAGUUAUUUUCCUUUAACUUCACAAUAAUACGUUGUACUUUGGGUUGAUCUUUUGGAGAAAAAAAUAUCCCAAUAAAACACACAAGUACUUGA